ACACUGCAUACUAAGAAGAACCUAACAAAUUAAAUUAAUGGACCAACCUACUGGACGAAAAAGGAAAGCAGCAUGGAACAUUCCAGCAACAAGAAUUGCAAAAAAUACCCACAAUCCUAUCCGAAAGAUCGUGGAUGGAAUGAAAUUGACACCAAAUCCGUCCAAACAAAUGAUUGCAUUAUCAAUAGGUGAUCCAACUGUAUUUGGAAACCAUCCACUUGCAACAGAAAUAACAGACGCAGUCAUCAAAAGUGCCAAAAGUGAAAAGAACAAUGGAUAUGCUCCAUCUGUAGGGUAUGAGAAAUCUAGAGCAGCAGUUGCAGCAUAUUACACAUGUGAAGAGGCUCCCCUCACAUCUAAGGAUGUGAUAUUUGCGAGCGGUUGCUCAGGAGCCAUAGAGAUGUGUAUAUCGGUUCUGGCGGAACCAGGGCAAAAUAUACUCAUUCCGCGACCUGGGUUCUCACUCUAUAAGACAAUAGCUGAGUCGCAGGAUAUUAUUACCAAGCAAUAUAAUCUACUACCGGAAAGAAGCUGGGAAGCCGAUCUGGAUCACAUGGAGUCACUGAUAGAUGGCAGUACAGCAUGCAUUGUCGUCACUAAUCCAUCCAAUCCCUGCGGGUCCGUCUAUUCACAAGAACAUAUUCACGAUAUACUAAGGAUUGCUGAGAGGAACAAAGUGCCCAUCAUAGCUGAUGAAAUAUAUGCAGACUUUGUGUUUCCCGGGGAGAAGUACUUUUCCAUGGCAUCUCAGACAUGCGAUGUGCCGAUUCUGUCUUGUGGGGGUCUCACUAAGCGCUACCUGGUACCUGGCUGGAGAAUGGGUUGGAUUACAAUUCACGACAGACAUGAUAUUUUUGCUCAAGAGGUGCGACAAGGACUAACUAACUUAUCACAGAGAAUUUUGGGACCAAAUACAAUUAUACAAGGGGCCCUUCCAGAUAUUUUGAAACUUACACCAAAAUCGUUCUUUGAUGAAACCAUCGCCUCUGUAAAGAAAGUUUGUGACAUCACUUACGCUGCCAUGACAACGAUUCCUGGAUUGAAACCUGUUAGACCUUCAGGUGCUAUGUACAUGAUGAUUGGCAUUGAGAUGGACAAGUUCCCAAAAUUCAAGAAUGAUGUGGAAUUCACAGAAGCCAUGGUAACGGAGCAAUCAGUUUUCUGUCUCCCAGCAACAGCGUUUGGAAUCAGCAAUUUCUUCCGAGUGGUCCUGACAGUACCCGAUGACAAAAUGAUCACAGCGUGUGAGCGCAUUCGUGAAUUCUGCGCCACUCAUUAUUGCACGAGUAAUGGCAAUGGGGUAUGUGAAAUUAAAAUGGACAUUCAUGAAAUGGAGACCAUUCCAGUGGCCCAGACAGCCUAAUAUGGGCAAAACAGCUGAAUAAUUUCUAAUGUCUAUGGAAUAGACUAAACAUGAAUUGGAGCUAUAAGCGAUGAUAUUGACCAUAGAUGCUACAUCAAUAGGAUUAAACUUGACCAACAAUGAAUCUAUGAGACGUUUGGAUUAUGAGAAGCUUUGUGCUUUUAAUGUGGAUUUAGGGGAAGCACUUCCAUCUCAGCAGUGUCACAUUCUAAAUGUUAAAGCUCGGUGUAUUCUCCACUCUGGUGUAUUCUCGUCUCCGGUUAAAUUAUGUUUAAUAUGCUUGAGCCAGUUGAGAAAAGCCAACCGAGAGCUUGUAAAAUAUGCUUUGAUAUUACAUCAAGGAGGAUUGGCUCCAAGGA